AUGCAACGUUCAAUGGAAAAAAGAGAACAAGAAGAUAAUGCUAGGGGAAACGGUGAACAAGAAACUUCGAGAGCAACGAAUGGUCCUCAGAUUAGCCAACAGGAACAGCCAAGCAGAAAACGGACCUACCACACUUCGGAGCCAUCAACAUCAUCUGCUCCUCAAGCAAUAAAUGUGAGAGCAACAAGAAAUAGAUCCAGCACACCACCAAAUUUCGAAAACCUCCAUCUAAAAAUUGUUUCUCGGAUUGGCGAGCUAAUGGAGGAGCUGUCUCGGACAGCUGAGAAUCACGCUCAGGCUAUCGAAGCACGCUCAAGAUUCCACCAGAGGCGCUCAGACAAGGAUGGCGCUCAUGUUCUCGAGAAAUUGGAGAAGGCUUUGAAAAAAGCCGAGGUUGAUCUCGAGAAAAUGAAGGAGGUUUUGAAAGAAGUCAAAGCGCAGACAGAUGCUCACGAAUUGAUGAGAGUUCUGUUCGAUGGAAUGAAAAGCAGAAGAGGAGAAAUCUUUUCUAAGGCCACGAAAGAUUGUGAAGCCAUCUUCAAGGCAGGAGGACUUUGCUGCGGUAAAUUUUUCGAUUGUGUCCAGAUUGAAAAUUGCCUGACAUGUGGAGAUCAAUUCCAUUCGGUCUGUCGAGAGAUUGGAAGAAGAAGCCGUGGUAGAGCAGAUCGAUGUGAAUGCAGAGUUCCACAAACCGUUCCCACAAAGUUUCGGUCGACUGAUAUCCCUCAGGAUCGAUGUGCGAAAGUUAUCGAGAACAGAUUCAAAAAAUGGGUGAAAACUGAUAAGAAAGUCAGUAUUCGUGUGCUCACCGCAGACGAUAUGAAGGCGGAACUUGGUGAGAAGCUCGAAGAAUUUUUUGCGGCAAUGGGAAAGCAACUUCCCGUGCUGAAGAUGAGGAACCGGAUGAUUUUGGUGUUCCUCGAAGAAGAUGGAGAGGAAAUACUCUUUUUCGCGAUGCUCGCAAACGAGUACAAGGAACGAAAAGCCGAGCUGAUUACGUUUCGUUACCUUGAGACCGUCAGCUACAUUAAUGAUGGAGAGUUACGUAGAAAUGUGUACGACUCUAUCAUUUUUGGAUACAUGGCUUUCGCCGCCUCAAUUGGGUAUAAGAAAAUCCAUUUCUGGGCCUGCCCACCAGACCCGGACGAUUCUUACUUGUUCCGGGGACGUCCCGCAUAUCAGACGGUUCUCGAUAAAAAGAAGCUCAUCGAGUGGUACACAAGACUUUUGGAACUUGGGAAGACAAGAGGAGUAAUAAGCAAUUACUCACAAAAAUACAAUGGACCGAAGCCCGACGAAGUGUUCGAAUUGAUAGAGCACUUAAUAAGCGAUGGAGGAUUUUGGAAUAAAGAGAUCGGAAAGUUGUUCGAAGAAAAAUAUGGCUGUAACGAAACCAGCCACCAACAAGUGCAAAAGGACUUGAGGAGAUUGAUUGGAAAAAAAGACCAUCCAAUUUUUUAUAUCACGCUUGCCCCAAGUGAAGAAAUUGAAGCUGAGGAGGAAAACGACUUGCCUCCUAUUUCAAGUAAAAUCGCAAAAACUGGUGAUGUAUGGCGUGAGUUUUUGGAUGAUCAUGGAUUGGAUUUCACAUACAGGGAAACAGCCAUUAAUGCAACACUCGUCAUCCUCUGGGCACUUAUAAGAGAGCUGUGCGAAACUGGCCAAAUGGAAACCCCUCAAACAGCUCCAUCCGUGCCACGGUUGGAAUCCGAUUCCGCACCAUCAACGUCGUCUUCUCGCUAA